GCAACACACCGAUCACAGCGGAGCCCCUGAACUCGACUGCCGGGCCAUCUUCAGCAUCCAAAGGAACCCCCGUAGACGAGGAGAUGGAGACCCGGAGCUUCAAGAGGCCAUUCGUCUAUCAUUGAUGGGUGACGACGAGUCUAGCGACACGCCGAUGGCGGCGGGUCCUGGACCCUCUGCUGCCAAGGCAGACGACGAUGACUUCUUCGAAUGCAGAAUAUGUUCGAAACUGCCCACCUUCCCCCACGACAGGAAGACACGGGACUUCCGCCUUUUCAAACCAACAGACGAAUUCCCGCAUCUCGUCACAGAACGGCCCGCGAGCGUCGAUGUAUGUAUUCACUAUGUCGCGAUAUCGUACUGCUGGCCCGAGGAAAUCAAAGACAAGGACGGAAACACGGUUCCUCCCAUCAUAGAGUCAAAGAUCCGAGAUCUUAACGGCAAGCCACGACCUGCUCGCGCACUCGACGAUGUCCUCGACCGUGCCGUAGACUUUGCAAACUCCGUUGGCCUUCGCAUGAUUUGGAUCGACCAAGAAUGCCUUCCCCAACCGAAGGAAGAUAGCUCAGAGAAAGACAAGGCAUACCAGCGGCUCGGCGUACAGGCUAUGGACAUCGUUUACAACAGGGCUAUCGUUACGGCUGGCCUACACGAAUCGACAAUCAGCAUGACUGAGAUGAGCGCGGUUCAGUACCUAAUAAACAACGAAACCGAAAAACUGCGUUAUCUAAGUCUCCCUCCGCAGUUGUUCUACUGUGCUUUGGAUUUCUUGCACAUGGUCCAAUCGGACAGAUGGUACACGCGAGCGUGGGUUGUUCAGGAAGCAGUCAGUGCCGGCGACGGCAUGGUUCUAGUGUUUAGGCGAGGUCCUGGUGUUGACUACACAUGCACACUCCGCGCCGAUCAGAAGAGAUACUCAACUCCUCGACAUCCUCUGGACUCGGAGAGGCGAACACUAGAGUCAGAGAUCGUAUGCAUCCCUGUAGGCCUCUUCAGAGACCUGGUACAAACUUGCAAGUCUCUGCUAGAACAACGUUUCCAAGUUAUGGGGCAAGCUUUGAUGCGAACCAGUAUCGGCAAGAACGCCAUCCCGAUUCUCUCUGUCGCUGAAUUUCUCCAUCCCAAGAUCACAGUGCGUCAGCACGCGUCCGGUGUCCGCAUGUACAGAGGCAGAGUCUACGGCGGCCGUCAAAAGGUUAACGCGGCCACGGCUCUAACCCUGCUGAAUACUCGUCACUGUCGCGACGUUCAAGAUCGUCUAACAAUACUCGCAAACAUGUGCAGUUACGAGAUUCGCUUGGACGCUGACAGGGUAGCCAAGGAAUGCGGUUCGCUCCGACUCGGUAUUUUGGCCAUCGCGUUGCUUAACGGAGACACAUCUAUUCUAGUGCCCGAGGUCUAUGACUUCCCCGGUGACGAAGACGGAGAGCCAGACCCUGCUAUGGACCGCCGCGUAGGGAGCCUGCUGUCGCCCUUUGACACGGACUCCAAAGGGAUCAACAGCUACGCAGUACAAGAUGGCAAGCUCGUCAACCCGGCCGUAUACAAACAUAGUUUUGGGAGCAAGAGCAAAGGACUCCAUCUCUGUACGUAUCUCUGGACAAUUGACGAUAUUCUCGAUCUCAGCCCUCUGAAGUACCAAUACGCCGAGAUCUGGCAUAAGAUGAAGUGCUUGCGGAUCAUCGCCGACCGCCAAAAGGAGGAAUCCCUCGAUGAACUCUCUAGACGAGAGGGCCUAAUUACCCAACAUUUCUCAAAGAAGUACGUUAUGGACCAGGCAAAAUUGGAAAUCUUCCACCAUGGUGCCAUUGCUGCCGACUCAAGUGUUUGGGGAGGCCUAGAUGCGACGGGGAUCCAGACCAAAGUGUACCUUGACGCCUACCGCGUAGAAGCGGAGCCCGAGAUGCAGAAGAUCGUGGCGGAAAUCUUCUUUGCCAUCUUGCGAUACCUGCACGGCCUCUCUACCAAUCAGUCAUUAGGCGUCGCUAAUAGCAUUUGGCAAUCGAUCCGCACAGAUGCCAUCGACAAACACCAGCCGUAUCUGCCAGAUUCGGUAUCUGGGCAGCUUUUUGCGCACCCGGCCGUCGUGGCGAUCCCGUUUAGAACACUGCAACUGGAUAAAGAUCAAGGCGGCGGCUACUACCAAUCCUGGAUCGUGGACCGGAUCAUGCAGGAAGGGGUUCUUUUCGUUGGCAGAUACAGCCACGCUCCUGAUGCCCCGUUGGUAGGAGACAGGCCGACCCGCAAUCUAGGGGCGAAGUCGAGUCAGCAGAAUAGUGGCAUAGUUCCAGACACCAUUAUCCAACGGCAACUUCAUCGACGUAUCAUGGCAACAAUCUUCAGUUCUGACCUCGGAGGAACCUUCGACGUCUUCGAGGAUCACGAAACGAGACUCGCCCCAUCCAGUAUGGCUUGGCUUGAAGAAGCUGUCCAGCAAAACUUCUGGGCGCCAGAGACUGACCAAGCUCGGACGCAGCAGCUCGUAUCGAUUUUCGACGUGGAUGGGCCAUGCCUCGUUGUUACCGUCUUCAACUCAGGCUGGGAAGUACUGCCUCGGCCUGAUAUCAGAAGUAUGAGUAUCUGUUGGGUGGUUGAGCCAGUAGAGAAGACGAUGUCGGAGGGCCCCGGGGAGCAGACUGGCGCUGUCGGCGAAGAACAGCCUACAGUCGGUGGUAAAGGAAAGGAACCUGAGCGGCGGCCUUGUGCAUCUGAUACUGGUGAUCCUGCAGUAGGUGGCCAAGGGAAGGAACCUGAAUGGUUGCCUUCUGCACCCGACACUAAUGAUCUGGGAAUAGCCUCGGACACGGAACCUAUCGCCCCAAUCCCUUUAUACAGAGUGCUGGACAAGGUGAAGGGUAUGUGGCAGAUAAUGGAUCUGCCCAUGCAGGAAUACGCUUUUAUCUAGUUUCAUGGUAGGCUAGGACAUACGACGAAUCGACGUCCGCGGGCGAUGAGCCGCCGUGCGACAUCACGUGUCUGAGGGAAGAAAACGGAGUAAAAACCUAGGAUGGUACCCAUAUUCAAUCUAUACAGCAAUGGAAUAAAAAUCAUACAACACCAGGUAUUCGCUGGUCGUCACCGACCCAACUACUAAUCCGGCCCUCAUUGGCUUAUCUAUGGGAGAGCGGACGGGAUCCCGAGUUUUCCAAUGGGUAUGGUCGUAUGUGACCUCAAAAGCCAAACAGGCAGACCAAGAAUGUCUGAGACCAGAAGCAUCGU